AUGUCCACAUCCACAAAGGCAAGCACUGGGGUCAAUCAUGACAACCUACGUCAUGUAGUCAUUACCUCGACAUGUUUCGCAUUUAUUCUCUCUACCACUGCAGUGAUCUGGGAAUGGGGCAUCUCAAUCGCGGGUAUUGUCCUUCUUUACAACGGACUCGGAACCCACAUCGAAUACGUGAAACCCGAGCAGCUCGUGACGCUCUUCACCGGAUCCAUUCUGUACACCCUAUGUGUCGCGUCCAUCAAGCUCUCCACCUUGAUGCUGUACAAGCGACUGUUCCCCGUCAAGUCCAUGAGAACCGCCGUGCAAGUUGUGUCAUUGAUUAUCAUUCUCUGGGCGGCCUGUGGUAUUCUCGCAGGUUGCUUCCUCUGCAUCCCCACGGACAAGCUGUGGAACCCAAUGAUCCCAGGUGGCUGUAUGGACCUCGCCAAGUUCUACUACGGCUUGCAAAUCCCCAAUAUCGUGACGGACGCCAUUAUCUUGGUCAUGCCGAUGCAUAUUGUCUGGAGUCUGCCCAUUUCAAAGGCGCAAAAGACCGGUCUUUCAAUCAUCUUCAUUCUUGGACUGUUGACACUCAUUUUUGACAUCAUUCGAUUGGUCGCUCUCGUCGACCUCUCCAAAGCUGGCAAUGACAUUACCUACACCCAGGUCAAUUCCAGCGUGUGGACAUGCAUCGAACCCGCCGUGGGUAUCGUUGCUGCCUGUCUUACCAACAUGCGACCAUUGUUUAAACUUGCCCGUGAAAAGGUAUGGAUGCGCCACGCCGGAUCUGCCGCAAACUCGAGCCAACAGGAAAUCGUUGGCGAGAAUGGGGAGAAGCGUUGGACUCGCGACAUGAGCAAUCACACCAGUUCGACCUGCCAGUCGCAGAGCCCUCGAUUCGAUAGUCCCGCGUGA